AUGUCUAAGACAAACUUCGAGGAGCAAUAUCCGACGCACAUUUCUCACGCCGGUCCCAUGUACAACACCAACUCGACCGAGAGUAGGGAGAGGGGACUUAAUGCAUCUCCAGAGAGUGUGCCGCCGCAGUACGGUAACUCACCUCCUCUGGGCGGAAAUUCGCCUCCUCUGAGUGAGAACUCUCCACCUAUGAGUGGAAUAUCCCAGGAAGCAUUUGCUCCCAAGCCUAUGGCUCAAGGUUCUCGAGAAUCCGCUUACGUCAGUGUAAGCCCAUUUCGGGGUUUAUCAUAUACUGGACAAACUCCCGAAGCCGAAAACUCACAGGUUGGUGCGCCUUCGAACAAACACCGAAAUUAUUGUGGUAUGACUAGAACGGUGCUGGUUCUAGUACUAAUAAUUAUACUACUUUUGGUUGCUGGCGCUGUUGGAGGUGGAGUUGGUGGGUCUUUAGCUGCGAAGAAUAACUCGAAAAGCGCUGCAUCGACUUCAACUGGAAGUGCUACAACUUCGACAACCAGCGCCGUGCCUUCACCAUCAGGUACUCCCGGUGCGAUAACCUCAACCAAUAUUCAAACUACCACCAGCGGCUCUAGCGCCUUUACAUACAUAUUCUAUCAGCAAGGCAUAGAUGUGUGGUAUAUAAUUUGGGCAGGCAAGGCUGACGAGGAGACGAAGGGCUUUAGCCGUCCAAAAAAGCUUCCUCUGACGAUACCAGCAAGGGAUGGAACCCCUCUAGCUGCAACUUCUUAUCAGGAGGCUGGUGGCGAUAGCCAUUUGAAUGUCUAUUACCUCGAGAACUCGAACAACAUUGUCGAAGCAUAUCUCCAUUGUGCCCCCAUCUCUACGAACCUGACUCUCGGUACCAACGAUAUCAUAUCAACUGGUACAGGAGCGCAUCAAUCAACCUCACUCGCCGCACUUUAUUUUCAGGUUUCAGGGAAUUGGAGGGUUUACUACCAAGACCCAAGCUUAGAUAUCCAUGAGCUUUAUAGCGAGUAUGGAACAUGGACCGCAGGUCUAGCUUUGAGCGCGAAGGCCAUCGAGGGCACGCCGCUGGCUAUCUCGAAUAUGGGCCCCGAUCCAAGCAUGAACUUGUUCUAUAUUGAUACGACAACGGAAUCUUUGUUCGUUACCCAGUUCUCAACCUCAGACAACUGGCUGUCUCCUAUUCCCGCAGCCACGAGCUCAAACAUAACUAGCUGGCGGGGCCCUACGGUGUCUCUUGCGGCUGUGGCUACUCCUGGCGAGUUACGAACAUACUACAUCGGAAAAGAUAAAGGAAUCUAUGAGUAUAACUGUACAACCGACAGACUAUGGUUUCCGACAGGGAACCUAACUCACUCGCCACUUUGGGAUCCAAGUGAUUCGUGGGGUCCUGGGGCACUCACUGCGUUAGGCUGGGCAGCUGAUGCGAUUCAAUUACGGCUUUUUUACUUUUCUGGGGGUCUGGUGUGGCAAGCUGUUAAGUCCGGUAACAAUGAUUGGUUUGAUAACGCGAUUACUAGCUAA